AUGGGCCAGAAAGCACAGGAAACAACUUCCAUUGACUCCGAGAUGCGGGAGCUUGUGUCAAUUAUGCGUGAAGCAUCAUCGGCUCUUGAUCCGACAGAAAACGUAAAGAUUGUAAUGGAGAUACAAGAGAUUAUGAAAACAAGAGAAGGAAACUGGCGCGCUGAAACAGAAAAGGCAAAGGCAGAAGCUCGUUCCGUUGCCGAAGCACACCAUUCUGCUCGGGUAGCGUCACUUAGGCCACCAAAUGUGCCAAGUGAAGAACAGCAGGCUCGAACAAUAACAUCACUUGACGAGGCCCAAUUUCGUGUCAUCAAAUCUAUAAAUGAUGCCGAGGGCGUGCUAUCUUCUCGACAGAACGAACGGGUUCGGGCACGUACAGAAUUAGGCUCCUGGGAGGCAAAGGACGUGGAUGAAGAUGUUGCAAGUGGAUUGGAUACGAAUGCAUUGCGAAUUCGGCUUUCGAAGGAGCUUGGGUUUGAACCGGUAGUGGACAGAAACACCAGCAAAAUCACUAAAAUGAUUGUUCGGAACGAUGACAAUACCGACAUGGAUGUAGUCGAGUUGGCAGGACUUUCCGAGUUUGAAAUAGCCAACCAAUUAUGGGAAAAGGCCACCACCGUAUAUCAACCUACGAGUUAA